CGGAGCAGACUGUCGAUAAACGGUGUCAGCAUCAGCAGCAGGUCGGUUCACCGCUGUGGAGGUUUAAACACACGGACUGUGAGACUCUGACGAAGAAGAAGAACAAGAGGAAGAGGAAGAAGAAGAAGACAGUGAUGGCCGAUGAUCUGUUCGACAGUAUUGUGCUGGCAGAUGAAAAGUUCCGGGGGGAGGGGUACCGGGAGGGCUUCGAGAGGGGAACCCGCCGAGGACUGCAGGACGGCCGCAGACAUGGGGCCUCUCAUGGGGCCAAACUGUCCACCGAGAUUUCCUUCUAUUAUGGAUUUGCCAUCACAUGGAAAUGUCUCCUCCAAAAUAACACAGAUGUCAAAUCCAGGAAGCGUCUGAAAGCUCUGGAGGCUCUCUUGGGUUUGAUCCAGAACUGCCCUCAGGACGAUCCUCAGUCAAAAAAGCUACAGGAGGACAUGGAGAAGCUUCGCGCCAAGUUCAGACAGGUCUGCUCCAUGUUGAACGUCCCAACUGACUUCAAGGACUAUAUCAAGACCUCCGAGGGGACGUCUUUCUGAGUCUGUCCUGACGGUGAUGAUUAGGAGGAGGAGCCGAGACGACCUCCCACAGAGGAAGGUGAGCUGAUCUGCUACCGGCUUCCGGAUCUGGGAUCAGUGUCAGAGGUGGCAGCUGACCCGUUUGUGGCGGACUCAGUAGAAGGUUUGGAGUGUGAAGCAGAGACUGUGUCGAUCUGACUGCCGUCUUUGUGGGAGGGUGUGACGCGUAGAGUCCACGGUCCUCGUUAAACUGGAUCAGUCUGAGGAGGGGACAGCAGUAAGACUCAGGACCAGCAGGAAGACAUGAUGUUGUUUCCCGUUUGACCGAGACAGUGGAUUUAUUGCAGUGAUUGAGAGAGUUUCAGGAAGAUGCAUAAUUGGAACCGAAGAAACGGACAAGAAUGAGUUUUGUUUUUAAAAACUAUUUAACAGAACAAAGUCAAAAUAAAAUGUUUGAACACAAACUAGA